AUGUCGCAAAUUCCAUUGAACUACGAAGCCUCGGCCGGCGACAGCCACAACAAGCAGGUCGUCAACAGCUUACCACCCGAAGUCGUACAAUGUCUGGAGAAUGCCCGAUUUCUUCAUCUGGCAACAUGUACCAAUAACGAGCCCCAUGUCUCCUUGAUGAACUAUACAUACCUGCCGUCAUCGCCGUACUCGUCCGCCCCCGUCAUCGUCAUGACAACGAACCCUUCCUCCAAGAAGACGACCAACGUCGUCGAGAACCCCAACGUCUCGCUCUUGGUCCACGACUGGGUAUCACACAGACCCCCCACCCAUGGUCGCAGGCCUUCUGGCGGUUCGCCUGCUCCCGAACACAGAUCUAGUCUAGCAUCGCUUCUGCUCAACUUGAACACGAGCGCCAUGUCCAGCAUCAGCGCCACCAUCAAUGGCACAGCAUCAUUGGUACCUCAGGCGUCCGAAGAAGAGCGGUUCUACAGGGAACAGCACUUGGAAAACAACACCUUUGACUCGGAAGGUGACGCCCCUUCGUUUCAUCAACAGCCUCAAGGCGGCCAGGAAGAUGGCGGCAGGAAUUGCUUCGUCGCCGGAGAGGAGGUGAGGGUCAUUCUGGUCAAGAUCAAGGACAUACGGACCAGCGACUGGAAGGGCGGCGUCCAGGACUGGGUCAUGGAGUCCCACGAGAAUGCUAAUACCGUCAAUGGCACAAGGUAG